UUAUCGUUACUAUUAUUAUAUUUAUUAUCAUUAUUAUUAUUAUUAUUAUUAUUAUUAUUAUUAUUAUUAUUAUUAUUAUUAUUAUUAUUAUUAUUAUUAUUAUUAUUAUGAGUAAGACUGACGUAAAGUUGAUAAUUACUAAACAACUUUGAGUUAUCGUAUACUGUGAUGUGUCAUGUGAUGAUGUAAUACUAAGUACCGUGCACAAGAGAGAGAGAGAGAGAGAGAGAGAGAGAGAGAGAGAGAGAGAGAGAGAGAAUGUGUCCUCCUCGCCCUACUUAAGAGGAAAAACACAACUAAAACUAAAUUCCACACACUUUUUCCUGCUCUACAAUCCUUCCUUUGCAUCCACACCAUCUUAACAGAAAAGGGGGCUUGCCUGUUGACGGAGGAACAAACUCAAAUAAAACAGUAUACAUUUUUAUCUGACAUUUUAUCUUCUUAUCUUCCCUCACAACGAAGUAUUAUUGGAACCCAUCUGUAAAUCGAGGAAGAAAGAAGAAAACGCAUGAGCAAGUGAAAGAAAACGAGGUGCUAAUCAAGAAAAAAAAAAAAACGGGAUGCUGGAAGUGAUUCGAGUUAACAAGAAUGUUUUUAGAAUUCGAUCUUGUUUCUUGAUCCUUUCCCUGACCGUCUGUGCGCUGAUGGUGAUGAUGGUGACGUGGAUUGGGGAGAGGCAGGAGGAGGCGCAGGAGUUAGUGGAGGAAGGAAUGCCAGGUGAUGACCCUCGAGCCGUAAGUCAUCUGCGGCAGUAUUGGCUCCAGGCACCCUCCACGCUACCCUAUAACUUGGGUGGGUCUUCCCUCUACGUGUCUAGCAUGAGGGGAGACACCUGGUCAUUCGUGCACCACUAUGUCAGCAGACUCUUCGCAGGAGAACACGAUGGGUUUUUCAUAGAGGCGGGAGCGUUGGACGGCCAGAUGCUGUCCAACUCCCUCUGGCUAGAGCAGGAACUGGACUGGACGGGACUGCUGAUCGAGCCGGACACCUCCAGUUACAUGGCACUGAUUUCCAAGCACCGAAAGGCGUGGACCUCCAACACCUGCCUCUCCCACACCGGGCUCACCAAGAGAUCAGUGCACGUGUCCCUCACCCUACCGCCGGCCUUACGAGCGCAAGGUUGGUACAUGAAGGGAUCGUCCUACCAGCUUGGUGUUACGAUGAAAACGCAUAGAUACGACUCCUAUCUUAGAUCAGGCGAAAAAUCCUUCUAUUUAGUGAACUGCUUCCCGCUUCACACCUAUCUGCGUGCCCUGAAUAUCACUCGAAUCGACUUGCUUUCCUUGGACACUCAGGGAAGCGAGAUGGACAUUAUAAAGACGAUCCCUUGGGCAGAGGUGAAGGUUCGGGUAGUGGUAGUGGAGAUCGUGACUUCCAAAUUUGUCUCGCAGUUCGUGGAGUACAUGAAGCAUUUCGGGUUUGUCCUGGUGGCGCACUACAAUGAUUACGUCUUCGUUCAGGAGGGAGACGCUGCCCUCACCAGGCUCCGCUCGCAGGCAGGCUGGCAGCUCGUGGUUGUUAACCAGACAGAGGAAGAACACACGAUCACUGCUAAGACUGAGACUGUGGUUCGAUAGGUAAGGCGUGUGGCUUCUGUGUGUUUUCUUUUGUGUUAAUGCUGGUCUUUUUAGUCUUUUGUUGUGUCUUCAAGUGUAUUUUUGUGUGUGAUUUCUUAGCGUUUUGAUGUCAUCUGUUGUGUAUUUCAUUGGUUUUAGUGUGUCCACUUUUAGGAUGUCUCUGUGUCUCGAUGUCCCAUGUCGUGCCUUUUCAUAUUGUGUCACGUUGUUUCUACGUGUUUUAGCACUCGGAUGUAUCAUGCUGAUGUGUCUUCAUGUCUUUUGUAUUUACUAGACCUCAUGUUCCAGUGCAAACCUUCAUGAGUGUGUGUGUGUGUGUGUGUGUGUGUGUGUGUGUGUGUGUAAUCAGAACAAAAGCUGAGGUG